ACGUGGUCCGAGGGCCGAAGGGCUCAUUGUUGGGAGCGCGAGGCGAGGGACAGGUACGUGCGCAUGGAGGCAGUGGCCGCAGCACCGAAGAUGGAGUCAGACAUGACCCAGGCUGGGCCUGAGCAGAGCGCCCUUAUUGCUGAUCCGAGUUCAGUCCUGAAUCAUGAUGUCUACCUGAAACCCCUCCCACUUUUCCUCAAACCCCGGAGACUGUCCCCACCCAGGGACCUUUUCAGCAGAAACUUUGCCCCUUUCAGGUCCCAGACCCACCUGGGAUAUGAGCGCUUCCUUUCCCUUUCAGAGGCAGGGUCCCGGAGACGGAAAGGGCCCCCUCUCAGAGCGACCCUCCAAGAGCCCCAGUCCCCUGACGAGACGGAAGAGGAGCGCAGCGCGAAGACUGUGGACCUCUCCCACCUCCCGUACCCCCUCCCCCAUCCCGUUCCAGCACUCCCUCCCAAGUACAGCCCCCAGAUGAUAGACCUGAACAGGCUGCAGUUCUACAGGACCCUGGACAGGUUCGACGCUAUGCGAGUGAAGCAGGAGCCAGUCAGCCACGACGGAAUGUGGCCUCCCUCACGCUUCCUACUGCGCCCUCCCCCUCCGUACUUCCCGUCUCCCUACCCCAGCCUCGUCCCUUUCCCCUUCUUCAUGCCCGGCCCGGCCUUGCACCUCCCCCCACACAGCUUCUACCAGAGGGAGGCCUUGGGCCGCCACCAGAGGGGUCCCGGCGGGCGUCAGGGGGCGCCGGGCGGCGUGGAGAAGCUGGGCGUCAGCGUCCACGUCGACGACAGCUACUACGUGGACGUGGGCGGCGAGCAGAAGCGCUGGAAGUGCCGCAUGUGCGAGAAGUCCUACACCUCCAAGUACAACCUGGUGACGCACAUCCUGGGCCACAGCGGCAUCAAGCCGCACGGCUGCGGCCAGUGCGGCAAGCUCUUCAAGCAGCUGAGCCACCUGCACACGCACAUGCUCACCCACCAGGGGGCGCGGCCGCACAAGUGCCAGGUGUGCCACAAGGCCUUCACGCAGACCAGCCACCUCAAGCGGCACAUGAUGCAGCACAGCGACGUCAAGCCCCACAGCUGCGGCGUGUGCGGCCGCGGCUUCGCCUACCCCAGCGAGCUGCGGGCCCACGAGCUGAAGCACGAGAAGGGCCAGGAGAACGUGUGCGUGGAGUGCGGCCUGGACUUCCCCACCCUGGCCCAGCUGAAGAGGCACCUGACGGCCCACCGGGGCCCCACGCAGUACAGCUGCACCGACUGCGAGAAGACCUUCCAGUACCCCAGCCAGCUGCAGAACCACAUGAUGAAGCACAAGGACAUCAGGCCCUACAUCUGCGGCGAGUGCGGCAUGGAGUUCAUCCAGUCCCACCACCUCAAGCAGCACACGCUCACCCAUAAGGGAGUGAAGGAGCACAAGUGCCGUAUUUGCGGGCGGGAGUUCACCCUGCUGGCCAACAUGAAGCGCCACGUCCUGAUCCACACCAACAUCCGCGCCUACCAGUGCCACCUCUGCUUCAAGAGCUUCGUCCAGAAGCAGACCCUCAAAGCCCACAUGAUCGUCCACUCCGAGGUCAAGCCCUACAAGUGCAAGCUCUGCGGGAAGGAGUUCAACAGGAUGCACAACCUGAUGGGCCACAUGCACCUGCACUCGGACAGCAAGCCCUUCAAAUGCCUCUACUGCCCCAGCAAGUUCACCCUGAAGGGCAACCUGACCCGCCACAUCAAGGUCAAGCACGGCGUCCUGGAGAGAGGGCUAGGCGCCUGGGGUUUCAGACGGAGAGGACGAUACCACCUCUCCACCAAGCUGGGGGUCCUCAGCCGCUUCGGUCAGGAGGAGCCCUUUGACCUUUCCCAGAAGGCCGCUGUGAAGCUCCGGCUGGCCCAGUCGGUCAGGGAGAGCGUGCAGGGCAGCAUGGGCCAGGAAGAGGCUGAGGACACCUUCUACAGGAUGAGCCAACGCAGUCCGGAGGAGGGUGGUCACGACGGCCUCGCCUUCAUUUCAGACGAGCGGUCCUGCAGCCGCGACGGCCCAGAUGAGCCCCUUGAGGGGGUAUCAGACAGCGAGGACAGGGAGAAGCCCAGCGGGCAGGCUGGGAAAGUGGAACCAUGUGAAAAGCAGAAGUACUACCUGGGCAGUGAGGAGUACUCAUGCAGAGGACACCACAGCCAGCAGAGUUCUGCUUCUCCAGGGGACGUCUGCGCCCAGAUCAGCCUCAGGAACCGAGAAACAAGCUGUGAAAGUGAAAACCUACCGCUCACUUUGUGA